AUGAGAUUCUACUUGUUGGCAGCAGCGCUCACAGCUGUAGCCAGCGCUAAAUCAGUCACUAUUCCUGCCGGCGACACUGAGUUGCCGUCGGGUUGGAGACAUGAGAAACGUGCCAGUCCAACGGAGAUAAUUGAUCUUUCAGUUGAGUUGAAUCAGCCUCGACUAGCGCAUCUGAAGACCCGACUCGCCGCCAUCAGUGACCCGAGCCACGCGGAAUAUGGGAACCAUUUGACAAAAGAUGAGUUAGCAGCGUAUCAAGCACCAGAUGAGAAUGCGGUGCGCUCGAUUUCUUCGUGGCUAAGAGAUAGCGGUAUUCACGAUGCGAGAGUUUCGGGAGCAUCUAUAAAAUUUCGGUCAACCGUUGGGCUUGUCCGAGAUCUCUUGAACGCUGACGUUGGGCAUUAUUCUUUCGGAAGAUCCUCGAUGCACCUACGCGCACGAUCAUACACUAUUCCUGACCACCUAGCUGGGGACAUUCGAUUCAUCCACCCCUUAUCGCACUUUGUCAAGCCGGCGCGCUCUCAUUCCAAAGCGGGACGAGAGAGUCGGUCGGUUUCUGGAAGUCUGCAACGCAGCGAUGUGGUGCGCCGGGUUGCAAAAUAUCGGCCCUACAAGCUGGCUGGGCGCCAAGAUCAGGGAAAUCAGAAUCAGCCUUGUCCUGACGGUGUCACGCCAGACUGUCUACGAAAACUAUAUGGCUUACCCAACUCAAACGACACCAGUUACAGCACCGGCCCCUCCCCAGUGCGCUUUGCGGUCGCCGGAUUCCUGGAACAGUACAUACACUACGAUGAUGUAUCAACAUUCAUGAACAAGUAUGCCCCUGGUAUACAGACCAAAGGUUAUAACUUCAGCCUGGCGCUGUUGGGUAAUGCUACUAACCCGCAAAGUCCCAACGAAACAGCUGGCACGGAAGCUAGCCUAGACUUGGAAUACGCAAUGGCACUCGGUUAUCCUACCAAUAUCACAUACUGGGCCAUGGGUGGCCGGGGUCCAGAGUUGGAUUCUAAUGGAACCCUUUUGCCCGUCGGGUCUCCGGAAAACCAAAACGAGCCUUUCUUAGACUUUUUGCAGUACUUCCUGGGCCUCCCUGACAACGAAGUACCGCAUGUCAUUAGUAUCUCGUACGGCGAUGAUGAAACGGGUAUUCCCUUUGAGUAUGCCUCAAAAGUCUGCGAUCUGUUUGCACAGCUAAGUGCUCGGGGUACGUCCGUCUUCGUGGCUUCUGGUGACGGUGGAGCCAGCGGGACGGGACACGGAGAGUGCUACAGCAGAGACGGGCAGCGUCGUAGGAUGUUCAUUCCAGUGUUCCCGGCCAGUUGCCCCUACGUAACGGCUGUGGGUGCAACAGGUUUUGCGGUUCCACUCGAAGCAUCACUGAUCAGUGGCGGAGGCUUCAGUAACUAUUUUGCGGCUCCUGAUUUCCAGAAAGGCGCUGCGGACGAGUAUAUCAAAGCCCUAGACAAGGCACAGUUGGGUUACUAUAACUCGACCGGCCGUGCGAUCCCUGAUAUCAGUGCACCGGGCGAGUUGUUCGUGGUACAAAACGGAGGGGAAGAGCAGUCUGUACGGGGGACAAGCGCCAGUACCCCUGUAAUCGCGGCGCUGGUAGCACUGGUCAAUGAAGAGAGGAUCAAGAUGGGAAAGAGUAGCACUGGAUGGCUGAAUCCGUUGUUGUAUAAGCCUGAAGUACGCAAAACACUUUUGGAUGUUUCUUUGGGGAGUAACUACCCAUGCAUAUACGACAAGAAUGAUACAGUUCCUGGAUUUGCCGCUUAUGCAGGGUACGACUGUGUCACGGGUCUAGGAACUGUAGGACAGUUCAACGACUUCCUUAGGGCUUUAGUCUAG